GGCUGGGCGCAGGCAGGGCUGGCAGGGUGGGCAGAAGGAGCAGCAGGCUCGGUGCGCUUACACCCACGGAAGGAGUGGUGCUCCCAGCACAGCGUGGCGCGGGGAUGCAGACGCGUCUGCUCAAGGCCCUGGGCUGCAGCUUGGCAGCUGUGCUGGGAGUGCUGGGAGUGUCCGUCUUCCUCCUGGUCCUGACCCUGGUGAAGGAUGCUGCCCUUCCUGCGAGGAACAACUACGGUCUGGUGUUUGACGCUGGCUCCACACACACAGCUCUCUACAUCUACCGGUGGCCCGCGGACAAGGAGAACGGCACCGGCAUCGUCUCCCAGGUGGAAGCCUGCACUGUGUCUGGACCCGGCAUCUCCAGCUAGGCAGACGACCCCGCUGGGGCUGGAGCCAGCCUGAAGCCCUGCCUGGACAAGGCCAUGAAGAUCAUCCCGGCAGAGCAGCAGCGGGAGACCCCCACCUACCUGGGGGCCACAGCGGGCAUGCGGCUGCUGAGGGAGCAGAACAGCAGCAAGGCUGAGCGGGUCUUUGCCGAGGUCGCCAAGGCCAUUGGCGAGUACCCCGUGGACUUCCGCGGGGCUCAGAUCCUCACGGGGAACGAGGAAGGCUCCUUCGGCUGGAUCACCAUCAACUACCUGCUGGAGACACUAGUCAAGUAUUCCUUUGCAGAGAAAUGGGAACAUCCACCCGACACUGAGGUUAUUGGAGCUCUGGACCUUGGAGGUGCCUCGACACAAAUAACCUUCCAGCCUGGAGUCUCCAUUGAGGACAAGAGCACAUCCGUCUUCUACAGGCUGUACGGCAGCAACUACUGGCUCUACACCCACAGCUACCUCUGCUAUGGGCAGACACAGGCCUUGAAGAUGCUGCUGGCAGCUCUCCACCAGCACAGCCCAACUGCCCAGCGGAUAUCACACCCUUGCUACCCCACGGGGUACCAGGAGAAUGUCACCACAGCAGACCUCUACAGCAGUCCCUGUGUCCGUGCACCCAGCACACCCAGCCCUGCACAGGUCCUCACGGUGACAGGGACAGGCAACCCAGCAGCGUGCAGCACCGCCGUCCAGAAGCUCUUCAACUUCAGCUGUGAGGCCAACAAGACGUGUGGGUUCAACGGGGUUUAUCAGCCGCCCGUGCGGGGACAGUUCUUUGCCUUUUCAGGGCUUUAUCACGACCUUCACUUUCUGAACCUGACUGGAGGGCAGACCCUGAGCGUGGUCAACGACACCAUCAGGCAAUUCUGCACCAGCAAGUGGGAGAAGAUGCAGAAGGAGUUCCCUGCCAUGAACAGGACCCACCUCCGGGAUGCCUGUGCAGCCAGCUCCUAUGCCCUCACGCUUCUCCUGCAAGGCUACAGAUUCAACCACACAACAUGGCUUAACAUCCACUUUGUCAGGCAGGUUAAUAACGUAGACGUGGGCUGGACUCUGGGCUAUAUGCUCAAUCUCACCAACAUGAUUCCCUCGGAGAAUCCCCAGAGAGUCAUAGGAUUCCAGAGAAGCAACUGGAUAGCAGCCACAGUUUUACUGGCCAUCAUGCUCAUCCUCAUCUCCUGCCUGCUCAUAGUCAUAUGCUGCCAGAAAAACUCCUCUAGUUAUGAGAGUCUCUAGCAGCACUGGCUCCAGAGGCUGACAAAGCCACUUAGACCUGCUGCCACAUUUGUGCGAGGAAUUACAGACCCAGGAAUUGCCCCCACAUGUCCAGGAGCUGUGAAGUUGUAAUGUGGGGUAUCUGUGUCCUGGCCUGGUGAGCUGGAGCCAGCCCAGUCUUUAAAAAAUCCUCCCUGUA